GGUUCAUUAAAUUUCUGGGGCUUAUUACAUGCUGCUCAUUACGAAAAGGAGGAGAUUGGUGCAAUUUGUGGUCAAUACUGUCUACGCUGUAACGAAGAUGAGAUGAUACCCCUUCCGAAUCCUGCCGUUCGAUCGAAUGUGGUUAAUUCUAAGAAUGAAAACAGAUACAAGAAGCUCCUAUGCAUGGUGGAUCUUACGAAGGACUUCUUUUUCAGCUACUCAUACCAUGUUAUGCGCAGCCUUCAAAAGAAUAAGUGUGAUGACGAGAUGGGGCAGGUCCUUUAUGAAACAAUGUUUGUUUGGAAUGAGUUCUUGACUCGUGGAAUACGGAAUCUCCUCCAGAAUACUCUUUGGACAGUUGCUUUGGUCUAUGGCUUUUUCAAGCAGGCUCCACUAUCUAUUUCUGGGCGGGACCUCAAGCUGACUCUCAUUGCAAGACGUUCACGUCAUUUUGCUGGCACCAGAUAUCUGAAACGAGGUGUAAAUGAGAAGGGCAGAGUUGCUAAUGAUGUUGAGACAGAACAGAUUGUGCUUGAGGAUAUUCCUGAAGGGUUUCCUAUUCAAAUUAGUUCUGUUGUCCAAAAUCGUGGCUCAAUCCCACUUUUCUGGUCACAGGAAACUUCACGUUUGAAUCUCAAGCCUGAUAUCACAUUGUCAAAGAGGGACCAAAGUUAUGAGGCUACCAGACUGCAUUUUGAAAAUCUUUUCGGGAGAUACGGGAAGCCCAUUAUCAUAUUGAAUUUGAUUAAGACUCACGAAAAGAAGCCUCGAGAAUCCAUUCUUCGUGCAGAGUUUGCUAAUGCAAUUGAAUCUAUCAAUAAAGAGUUAGCAGAAGAGAAUCGUCUUAAGUUCCUUCAUUGGGAUUUGCACAAACACUCGCGGAGCAAAGCUACAAAUGUUUUGCUACUUCUGGGAAGGGUGGCUGCAUAUGCGUUAACACUGACAGGUUUCUUCUAUUGUCAAGUACCACCAGCAUUAAGAUCUGAUGGCUGUUUGAAGUGGUCUAACUAUGAGAAUGUUGUUGCCAGUGACAUGUCACCCACAAAGCAUUGCAACAUUGACAACAAAAAACGUUGUUACAAUGAUGAUGAUAAUGCUGAUAAUACGGAGACAAAAAUUAGUGGAGGUAACAAUCUGGCUAAUGGAAAUCAUUCUGCCAAGCCACCCAUGUUCCAAAAGGGAGUGCUUAGGACCAAUUGCAUAGACUGCUUGGAUCGGACAAACGUUGCACAGUAUGCCUAUGGCUUGGCUGCUUUGGCACAUCAGUUGCGUGCUUUGGGUGUCACAGAUUCCACGAAGAUAGACCUUGAUGACCCUUUAGCUGAUAAAUUAAUGGGGUUUUAUGAGAGAAUGGGCGAUACUCUUGCACAUCAAUAUGGUGGUUCAGCUGCUCACAACAAGAUUUUCUCCGAGAGAAGGGGUCAGUGGAAAGCUGCCACCCAGUCCCAGGAAUUCUUCAGGACUCUUCAACGAUACUACAGCAAUGCCUACAUGGAUGCAGAGAAACAAAAUGCCAUUAACAUAUUCUUGGGGCAUUUUCAACCUCAACGUGGUAAACCUGAAGUCUGGGAGCUGGAUUCCGAUCAGCAUUACAAUGCAUAUAGGAACGGGCAAGCAAUUAUUGAUGAAAAUGGAAGAUCUCUUUUCAAAAGAUCCUUAUCAGAUGGGAACAUCCUUCGUGAAAGCCACUCACCCAUGUCCUCUUCAAACUUCGAGAAGGAUCUUUCUGACCUGUCUGAUCGAUCACGAGGAGGAAGCAAAAUGCUUUCCGAGUCAACACCAGAAAUAUCUACUUGUGAAAGUGAUAUAGCAUUUUCAAGGUAUACUCCUUCUAUGCCACGUAGAGAGCUUUUUGUAGACAUGCAGAGAGAAAGAUGCCUCGAAAAUGAUAAUGGUGAUGCACUUGACUGCUCAAACUUCGUUGAUUUAGACUGGCUUUCCUCCUCUGGAAAUUCAUGUGAGGAAGAAUUGUUUGAGAGGUCCAUGCUGACAAACUCCCCUAUUGCUGGACUGUCAUCUGACAAUGUUAUCAAUGACCCUGUAGAAGAAACAACCCCAUCCACCAGUGAAUAUGGAUCAUGCAUGAAGGUGAGGGAGCAGACUGGAACUGAGCUAUCCUAUGAUGAUGCCCAAAAUUAUGAAGUUCCUGGGGAAUUUUCGGAUAGCUUUGUACGCUGGGUAACGUUUGGAGAGACGAUCUGCCAUUGA